AUGCUAAUUUAUGACUGCAAAACAAGGUGGAAUUCUACUUAUGAGAUGCUGACUUGUGCAUUGAAGUUUCAAGAUGUUUUUCCAAGAUACAGAGAUAGAGAGCCAAAUUAUGAUUUCUGUCCAACCACAGAAGAUUGGGAAAAGGUUUCAAAAGUGUGCGAUAUUUUAAAAGCUUUUUGGACAGCAACUCAUGUGAUAUCUGGUAGUGAUUAUCCGACAGCAAAUUUAUAUCUAAAUGAAGUUUGUCGGAUAAAAUUGCUACUAGAUAGUAAGGUUGAUGAUGAAGAUGAUUUUGUCCGGUCAAUGGUGCAAAAGAUGAAGCUGAAAUUUGAUAAGUACUGGGGAGAAUGUAACUUAUUAAUGUUUAUAACAGCUAUUUUGGAUCCCAGAUGCAAGAUGAGGGUCAUAAACUAUUGCUUUCCAUUACUUUAUCCUCCACAUGAAGUGCAAAGCAAUAUAGGCAAGGUUCGACAAGCCUUGUAUGACCUAUAUGAUGAAUAUGUGGAGAUACAUGUUUCAGGCCAAAGUGGAUCAUCUUCUCAACUACUAAUCGGCAGUGAUCACCCAACCAAGAGCAGUAGUAGUGCAUCUUCAUCAGUGUCUCAUGUUUCGGGUAUGAGUGAAUUUCUGACCCAUAUUGCUACCGUUGAGAGUGUUCAACCCAUCAAGAAUGAGUUGGAUACCUACUUUGAAGAUGGUCUCCUCACAGCUGCAGAUGAUUCAACGAUAGACAUCGUGAAUUUGGAUGCCUUGAAGUGGUGGAAAGACACGACAAAAUACAAGAUUCUUCCCAAGAUGGCUGCUGAUAUUUUAGCCAUUCCAAUAAGCACUGUAGCUUCAGAAGCUACAUUUAGUGCUGGAACCAGAGUAAUCGACUCUACCGUGCUUCCUUGGCUCCAGAAACUGUAG